AUGGAUCUCUCGCCAGAGCAGUCAGCCUCAGUCGAGCCUCCCGAGCCAAGCAUUGCCGACAAACGAUGGCUGUAUGCCAAAAUCCUCAGUGCCGGAUUCUCUUUCUUUGUCGCCGGGGUCAAUGAUGGUAGUUUGGGCUCAUUAAUCCCCUAUGUGAUCCGCUCCUACCAUGUGAGCACCAACCUUGUCGUCGUGGUCUAUGUAUCAACCUUCGCAGGAUGGCUGUUGGCUGCCGUGACCAACAGCGCCCUCUGUCAAUAUCUCGGCCUCGGAGCUAUAUUGGCCCUGGGCGCAGCCCUUCAAGUGCUCUCCCACGCCCUUCGAGCCUGGCUGCCCCCGUUUUCGCUUUAUGUCGUCACCUUCUUUCUCGCCAGUCUAGGUCAAGGGUACAAUGACACUCACGCCAAUACCUAUGUUGCUUCCGUCAAGGCCGCCCAUCGUUGGUUGGGAUUUAUCCAUGCCAUGUAUAUGGCAGGGUGCUUGGUCGGUCCGUUGGUUGCCACGGCUGUGGCAUCGGCGGGAACAACUACGCAGUGGAAUCUGUUCUAUCUGGCGCCUCUGGGCUUGGGGGUUCUUAAUUUAGCAUUUGUGCUGACGGCGUUUCACAACCAGCUCGCAAUCAAGUCUGCUACUUCCGACCCUUCACCGGAGGGAUCGCGAGAUGGCCCCCAUUCCAACUCCCACUCCAAGAGUCGCCGUGCGCUAGUCGAGAUCAAGAACACUCUGCGCAUGCCCACGGUCUGGCUUGCCAGUCUGUACUUCUUCUUUUUUCUCGGAGCGGCCAUUACCGCUGGAGGCUGGAUGGUUGAAUAUUCCGUCAAUGUGCGGCACGGCAAUCUGGAUGCGAUGGGAUAUGUCCCCACUGGGUUCUAUGGAGGCGCUUUCCUGGGCAGGUUGCUUUUGGCUGAGCCCACUUCCGAUUGGGAGAACGGCGAAUGGGUCCCGAACAUUAUUGUCGAGGCGGUCGCAAUCUGCGUUCUAGGUUUCUUUUCUGGGCCAUUCUUUGCCGCUGGUAUAUCGGUCGCCUCGAAGAUAUUCCCGCCAGACGUUCGGAGCUCAGCAAUUGCAUUUGUAUUUGUGUUUGGACAGAUCGGAGGCUCUUUGUUCCCCGUCUUGACCGGAAUCCUCUCAGCCCGCACAGGAGUUAAAGUCCUGCAGCCUAUGCUCGUGGCCCUACUCUGUGCUACGGCGAUUAGCUGGCUUCUCUUGCCUAAGCCGCUGAAACCACGCGAUUAG